AUGGCAUUUUGUGUUCGUUUCUUCUACCCCUGCCUGUAUUAUGUGUGUGUGUGUGAUGGGCUACUCCUGGCUGCGCAGGGCGGGGGAAGGCGGCUGCGCCGGGCGCUGCGCGCGGUGUUGCUGCGCGCCGUGGCGGGCGCUGUGCAUGAAGUGCAAGAGCUGCUGCGCGCGCUGCUGCAAGUGCUCCAAGUGCUGCCAACCCAAGCCCGAAAAGGCACCCGAAGACACGCCGGGAUGCUGCGGGGCGGCGACAAGGGCGGCUGCUGCACGCGCCUCUCCCCGUGCUGCGCCUCGCCGCGCUGCUUCAAGAUCUCGCCGUGCUUCGCGCGCCUGGCGUGCUGCCGCGCCAAGAAGCCCGCGCCGCCCGCGCCGGGCCCCGCGCCGCCCAAGGGCGACGCCGAGGGCGGCGACGCGACGGAGGGAGAGGUGCGCACGGCGCGGCGCAUGCGCGUGGGCCUGCGAGCCGGGGUGUAG